AUUUCAUAAAGAAUAUUACUUUGAUAUUUUUCACACAAAUUAAAAAAAUGAUUGAAAUGCAUUUAAUCUCUUAUUAGUUAUACAUAUUCAACCAAUAAUAUUUGAGAUAAAUGAAAUUAUUUAUAAAAUCAAUGCAUUUGUAAUUAAUAUUAAGUUGAAAGUUGCAUUAAAAUUCUAAAAUAAUACUCUUUUGUAACAAAAAAAAAUGUUAAAAUGAUACUUAAUAUGAAGUAUAGUUUACAAUAAAAAGAGAUAUACCAGCUAAAAACCCUCAAAUAUUUAUGAAAUACAUAAAUAGUAGUUUAAUAGUUCAGUUACUUAGGAGUGUAAUAUGAUUAAAUUAUUAAUAUUUUGUUUUUAAUAAUAGUUCCGUUACUCAAGAUAUAUAUAGUUCAGUUACUUAGGAGUUUAAUAUGAUUAAAUUAUUAAUAUUUUUGUUUUUAAUAAUAGUUUCUCAUCGAUAAAAAUCCUCUAGGUUUCAAUAUGUUGCAACCCGAUAAUUUCUAAUAUAGAUUACGGAAACAUGCUGUUUUUUUUUUGCUAAAACAUGCUGUUUUGUUCCAAAAUUAUUUUCUAAACUAUGAAGUUGCAUUUGAUCAACCAACGCUGUUGGCCAAGAGGUAGUUGAGGCCCAGAACCAAUACGCUCCCCGCAGGUUCGAUUCGCGUUGGCCACCCGGGCUAGGGUUAAAUCCCAAGAAUACGUGGAGUGCCAUGGUCUCGCGGGAAUAGUCGGUUGACCACGAUCGCCGGAAACCCGCGGUUACCGAAAAAAAAAAAGUUGCAUUUGAUCGUAAAAUAGGUUUUUUAGACAGCUUUGAUGUCUUUUUAACUUAUCUAUAUGGGCUAAUUAAUUAGAAUCAGAAACAAAACAUAUGAGUUUAAUGUGUGGUCCCGUUGAGUUUUACGUCGAAGUGUCGUGGUACAUAGGCCAUAUCCACUAUAUAAAAAACUGCAUGUACUAAGAAAAACCAUUGAAAUAGUAUUUUAUCAUUCAGAUUUUAGACCUUGAAAAAUACUAAUUUACAUAAAAUCUCACAUGUACUGACCCAAAAUUAAAACGUCUAUACACAGAAUACAUGUAUGUGUAUUUUAUAUUAUAUCUAUAUGUGUUGGUUUCUCAAUGUUUCUCUCUAAACAUAACAAUCUCAUUCUCUCUCUCUCUCUCAUUUUCUCUCUUCUUCUUCUUCUUCUUCCUUCAAUAUUAGGUGUUAACCAGAUGGAUCCUCGCGUCUUCGCAACAUCCGUCCGGUGGCCUAGGAGUCGCCGAAAGAUUCAUAUCCGCCGUCGUAAGUCACAGGUGGUGCGUCUUGGUGUGCCACGCGGUGGAUUCUCGUUGAAGAAGAUGGUAAGGAAGAUGAAGCUGAGAUGGCUGAGACUACACUACGUGAGGCUUGUGAAGAAGAUCAAAGGGUUUUAUCGUAAUCUGGUGAAAGAGUUUGUAGAAGCAGGAGCUGAGCUCGAAGCGAUUCAGAAACGAAUGACGGUUGAAGCGGCUGCCUUUGCGGUUCCGGGUUUAGGUCUCUCUUUCUCCUCUCUGUCAGUCCAUGAACGAGGGCGGUAUUAUGUAUAGUCAUCUAAGUCAUAUUCCUUACACAACUAUUUGUAACUUUUAAUUACUUUUGUUGUCCUUGUAUCUUAUGUAUAUGUAUUACGUAAAUUCGAGCGGGCCUUCAGGUCCAGUGGUAGUGGACGAGAAUGUGUCCGAUCCUCCUGCUGCGGAAAUUAAGUCACAUUGUUCUGCUCACCACGGCUGCGAAUACGUCCGUAUGAAAACCGGGAGAAGGCCUGUCCUGAGAUGCACCUCCCACCUGAAAAUUAAGUCUGUGUCUUUAUUAGACCCAUGUUUAAUACUUUAUUUUUACAAAAAAAUGUAUUACAUAGAUUCUCAAAAUCUAUUAUA